UGAGUGUUGUGUAGCUGCUGAGCCAUAAAUCCGACAGCCGAUGAUGAUGAUUAUGACGCGAUGUGAAUGGUUUUAACAGAAAUAAUUCCGUAGCACAUCAUCCAUCGGCUGUAGAUGCCUUUUAAAAAAAUCCAACUUUUGCACGGCUCACAUUAAAACCUUGACGAAGCGGCAGAGCAGCUGCCAGGUGCAGCGAACACAGAAGUCAGGGGGAGGCGACGAAGAGGAGGGAGGCUCAUUAUCCCUUUGAGGGUGGAGCAAAAGGGGAGGUAAAAAAAAAGCGGAUGAAGCAUUUGAAGCACAUAUUGGCAUGCUUCUCAGCAGGCUCAUAUGAGUACAGCUAUGGAUGGCGUGUUAGAAGGAGCAGUGGCGUUGUGUGUAUGUAAACUGGCUUGCAGCCUUCUCUUCCUGCCCUCACUGACGGCGUCCUAUAGCUCGGUCAGCUUCUGCUGCUGCUGCCUCCUGAUCUUCACUGACUUCCAGGUCACAGUUUUUCUAAGUUUGCUUUGCAUCUUUGAGUCUUGGCUGACUGAAGUGAGCCCAACAGGUGACGUCAUUGCUCUGCGCUUCCUGCUCUUCCUCAGCCACACCUAUGGGGCCGUGCUGCUCUUGAGUACAUUUCUGAUUGCUGCGGAGAAUCUGAUCAGACUGUUGUGGCCUCACACUGUUGUCAGUCACAGGGCGGUGAGUCAAACUGGUGCACAGCAGUGUCAUGUUGGGGAGGAAAAAGUCGAAGAGGAGGAGGACAUCGACGGCUUGGAUAAUGACAUGAGCUUGCAUCAAGUUGGCGGCUUCCUCUGUUGCUUGUCGGUGUGGAUCGUUGUCGCCCUGAAUGUCAGAUGGCGUUGGAAAGUGGAGGAAAAGUGGGCUGCGGACUGUUUGUACACAACCGACUCACUUGUCAGAUGUCUGCCCAACCUGCUUGCAUCCAUGCCCAGUGCAAUGAAUCCCUUCUGGAGCAUGGCUUUCCUCUUCCUCCUCCUACUGCUGCUGACCAUCAGCCCAGGCCUGCAGAGACAACACCAGACCCCUGCACAGGCAGAGAGCACACAUGGAGAGAAAGAUGGUGAUUACUGGUGGCAGGACUUCAUUUCAGUGUUGUUAGCACCUUUCAAGCCUCUGCAUCCUGGUAUGUCAGUGGUAGAGCCAAAACUGUGUGUUGAUCCAGAGAAAACAGACAGCAGCUGCACUGGUAACACAGCAUGUUCCUGGAACAGCGUGCAGAUGUCAACGUGUCACCAUGGAGAUGUCAUCUCCCCUGAUUGUUUUUCUGGAAAAAGGGAAAGACAGGAGCAUGAGAGCUCACAUAGAGGUAUAUCUCUGACAUUUAUAACCGAGAAGCACGUGGACUCACCACACAGCCAGUGUGAGCAGCAAUGGUGGGGUUUUCCAAGCCUGGAGGUGAAUGUAAUGAUAGGGUUAGUGGGCGUGCUUUCCAUUUUGAUGCUACCUUUCAAUCUUAGUGUGAAUAUUCUUUUGAUCAGGACUAUAGACGUCCUGCUAGAAUGGUGCAUUACAUCUUUACUUUCAUCUACAGCAAACACUAGAGACUCAUCAACCUCACACAGUGUAGCACAAGUUUGAAAAA